GUGCGCGCGCAGUGCGCCUGCGUAGAGGCUGACGGCAGCUUUUCGGCCCGGCGGUAGUUAUGGCGUCGGAGGUAGGGGCUCUGUGCCGUAGAGUCCGGCUGGAGUGAUCUGUGGAGCGGCGAAGAAGCUUCCCUGACCUACGGACGUAACGUAGACACUGCUAGCAGUGUCUGAAGAUGGCCCUGAACUAUGCGACCCUGUGCGCCGGCGAUCAAGGGAACGGGGUGGCCCACCGCCCUGCGCACGGCGACCUCGGCCAGGCGGCCUUGGCGUUGGCGAUGGUCUCUGGAGACAGCUUCCUCGUUGGCAGACCUGAGCUGGUUUACCCCGGACCUCCGCAGGCCGUGCGACUGAGCGCUCGGACCCACGGCCGAAGAAUGCCUGGCGUCCGGAAUCCGACCCUCCUUAUAAAGGGAAGAAAACUGAAGGGUGGAAGGCGAUUCGGCGCAAUCAGAUUCUCUCCUUAUACCAUCCCUAGGGGACUCCGUCUGUUAGGAAGUGUGCUGCGGCAGCCUCUGAUGGCAUUUGGAGGGGUCUCAACUCGAAUUUCAGCCUAAAACGAAUGCUUCCCCUUGCUUAGCUUGCGAACAAGGCUACUUUAAAGUCA